CGGCUGACCAAUGAAAAGCCGUUAGUCUCGGUGCGGUUGAAAACACGAAACACUUCAAAAUGCCAUGAAAGGGGACCCGUGCCCGUUAGGGGGUGUCAUGUACGUGUGCGUGUGUUUCUGCGUGCACGGCGAGCAGACGAGCGGCGGUGCUGGUGCCUCUGACGUUGAUGUCGCUGAUGUUGACGUUGCUUGUGAUGCAAUCGUCAUUGAGGUGUUCAAGUUGAGCGACCCUCAACCGUUAUUGACGGAACACGCGCUCAGUCAGGCUUAGGCCGAACACUUAAUGGUGGGCCCGUAAGGUUUCUUUGUGUUGUUAACGAUGAAGGUGUUCUUUAGCGGUGGAGACGCCGAUGGACUUGGAGGCAGGACGAACGACCUAUCCGAUGUGUGUGUGGGCUAGCGCGCGUCAACUGCUGCGCGGUUGAUUGCAGCAGGGAAGAGCACCGGGUUUCAUGUUUGUGUAGUGAGGAAGGAAUAUAUCUCUAGACUAUAUGUUGUGCCUUGUUGUUUGUUGCUGCCUUCUCUGUCGUCCGGCUCAUACUUCAAGGAUUUUUUUUUUUUUUUGUCGUGGUGGUCGUGGUCGUCUGGGUUGUUGGUGCUACAUACAACAGUUCAGAGCUCGCACGGUAGUUUUCUGUCAAUUUUCCACACCCUGGACAACUACAAUAGUUGGUAGUUGUUUGACAGACAACUCUCGGUUCAAAAUGUUGCGCAACUAGUUGUCUGUAAACAACUCUCGGGUGAAAAUGUUAGGCAACUAGUUGCCUGCAAACAACUCUCGGGUCAAAAUGUUGGGCAACUAGUUGCCUGCAAACAACUCUCGGGUCAAAAUGUUGGGCAACUAGUUGCCUGCAAACAACUCUCGGGUCAAAAUGUUGGGCAACUAGUUGCCUGCAAACAACUCUCGGGUCAAAAUGUUGGGCAACUAGUUGCCUGCAAACAACUCUCGGGUCAAAAUGUUGGGCAACUAGUUGCCUGCAAACAACUCUCGGGUCAAAAUGUUGGGCAACUAGUUGCCUGCAAACAACUCUCGGGUCAAAAUGUUGGGCAACUAGUUGCCUGCAAACAACUCUCGGGUCAAAAUGUUGGGCAACUAGUUGCCUGCAAACAACUCUCGGGUCAAAAUGUUGGGCAACUAGUUGCCUGCAAACAACUCUCGGGUCAAAAUGUUGGGCAACUAGUUGCCUGCAAACAACUCUCGGGUCAAAAUGUUGGGCAACUAGUUGCCUGCAAACAACUCUCGGGUCAAAAUGUUGGGCAACUAGUUGCCUGCAAACAACUCUCGGGUCAAAAUGUUGGGCAACUAGUUGCCUGCAAACAACUCUCGGGUCAAAAUGUUGGGCAACUAGUUGCCUGCAAACAACUCUCGGGUCAAAAUGUUGGGCAACUAGUUGCCUGCAAACAACUCUCGGGUCAAAAUGUUGGGCAACUAGUUGCCUGCAAACAACUCUCGGGUCAAAAUGUUGGGCAACUAGUUGCCUGCAAACAACUCUCGGGUCAAAAUGUUGGGCAACUAGUUGCCUGCAAACAACUCUCGGGUCAAAAUGUUGGGCAACUAGUUGCCUGCAAACAACUCUCGGUUCAAAAUGUUGGGCAACUAGUUGCCUGCAAACAACUCUCGGGUCAAAAUGUUGGGCAACUAGUUGCCUGCAAACAACUCUCGGGUCAAAAUGUUGGGCAACUAGUUGCCUGCAAACAACUCUCGGGUCAAAAUGUUGGGCAACUAGUUGCCUGCAAACAACUCUCGGGUCAAAAUGUUGGGCAACUAGUUGCCUGCAAACAACUCUCGGGUCAAAAUGUUGGGCAACUAGUUGCCUGCAAACAACUCUCGGGUCAAAAUGUUGGGCAACUAGUUGCCUGCAAACAACUCUCGGGUCAAAAUGUUGGGCAACUAGUUGCCUGCAAACAACUCUCGGGUCAAAAUGUUGGGCAACUAGUUGCCUGCAAACAACUCUCGGGUCAAAAUGUUGGGCAACUAGUUGCCUGCAAACAACUCUCGGGUCAAAAUGUUGGGCAACUAGUUGCCUGCAAACAACUCUCGGGUCAAAAUGUUGGGCAACUAGUUGCCUGCAAACAACUCUCGGGUCAAAAUGUUGGGCAACUAGUUGCCUGCAAACAACUCUCGGGUCAAAAUGUUGGGCAACUAGUUGCCUGCAAACAACUCUCGGGUCAAAAUGUUGGGCAACUAGUUGCCUGCAAACAACUCUCGGGUCAAAAUGUUGGGCAACUAGUUGCCUGCAAACAACUCUCGGGUCAAAAUGUUGGGCAACUAGUUGCCUGCAAACAACUCUCGGGUCAAAAUGUUGGGCAACUAGUUGCCUGCAAACAACUCUCGGGUCAAAAUGUUGGGCAACUAGUUGCCUGCAAACAACUCUCGGGUCAAAAUGUUGGGCAACUAGUUGCCUGCAAACAACUCUCGGGUCAAAAUGUUGGGCAACUAGUUGCCUGCAAACAACUCUCGGGUCAAAAUGUUGGGCAACUAGUUGCCUGCAAACAACUCUCGGGUCAAAAUGUUGGGCAACUAGUUGCCUGCAAACAACUCUCGGGUCAAAAUGUUGGGCAACUAGUUGCCUGCAAACAACUCUCGGGUCAAAAUGUUGGGCAACUAGUUGCCUGCAAACAACUCUCGGGUCAAAAUGUUGGGCAACUAGUUGCCUGCAAACAACUCUCGGGUCAAAAUGUUGGGCAACUAGUUGCCUGCAAACAACUCUCGGGUCAAAAUGUUGGGCAACUAGUUGCCUGCAAACAACUCUCGGGUCAAAAUGUUGGGCAACUAGUUGCCUGCAAACAACUCUCGGGUCAAAAUGUUGGGCAACUAGUUGCCUGCAAACAACUCUCGGGUCAAAAUGUUGGGCAACUAGUUGCCUGCAAACAACUCUCGGGUCAAAAUGUUGGGCAACUAGUUGCCUGCAAACAACUCUCGGGUCAAAAUGUUGGGCAACUAGUUGCCUGCAAACAACUCUCGGGUCAAAAUGUUGGGCAACUAGUUGCCUGCAAACAACUCUCGGGUCAAAAUGUUGGGCAACUAGUUGCCUGCAAACAACUCUCGGGUCAAAAUGUUGGGCAACUAGUUGCCUGCAAACAACUCUCGGGUCAAAAUGUUGGGCAACUAGUUGCCUGCAAACAACUCUCGGGUCAAAAUGUUGGGCAACUAGUUGCCUGCAAACAACUCUCGGGUCAAAAUGUUGGGCAACUAGUUGCCUGCAAACAACUCUCGGGUCAAAAUGUUGGGCAACUAGUUGCCUGCAAACAACUCUCGGGUCAAAAUGUUGGGCAACUAGUUGCCUGCAAACAACUCUCGGGUCAAAAUGUUGGGCAACUAGUUGCCUGCAAACAACUCUCGGGUCAAAAUGUUAGGCAACUAGUUGCCUGCAAACAACUCUCGGGUCAAAAUGUUGGGCAACUAGUUGCCUGCAAACAACUCUCGGGUCAAUAUGUUAGGCAACUAGUUGCCUGCAAACAACUCUCGGUUCAAAAUGUUGGGCAACUAGUUGUCUGUAAACAACUCUCGGGUCAAAAUGUUGGGCAACUAGUUGUCUGGAGGCAACUAGCAGUAGUUGCCGACCAAACCAACUAACUAGUUAGUUGAUAGUUGAUAGUUGUCCAGGGUGUGCAAUUUUCCCCUCUGUUGGAGUAAGUAUAAUAGUACAUUAUUAUCAGAAACACAAUGUACAAUAAUCACAUCUUAUCCUUGGAGGUCAUUGCCCAGGACAUGUGACCCGAAGGACAAGGAAGGGUGGUAUCUGUGAAUGCUGGGGCAUUCCGAAUGACGUCAUGUUUCGCCGACGUGCAAGGGAACGCAUCGCGAAAUAUCCAUGGCUCGCCCCGUCCUGCUCCUUCAACCAGGUGGUAUUUUUUUUUCUCGUGCAAAUACACAACGAAUUCAUCUCUUCCACAGAUGGACAGAUGGUGCAUGUAGAGUGGAUAGAUUAGUGGUGUUCUUGGUGCAGUUUCCGGUCAUCAUUAAUUUUCUGCUUCUUCCUGCUUUUACAUUCGCUUUUCGUUUAUCUGCGUGCGAUUCUCCCGUUGUCGACAUCAUUCAUUCCCGCUUGCAGCGGGGUAACAGACUAUCAAUCCGUCCGUGCCCUCACCAAUCCGUCCAUUCGGCGAGUGCAAGGUCUCUCGUCACUCUUUUCCUACAAUUUCGAACAAAGGCUGUUGCGACGCCUCCCCCGACUGCAAACACGCGGAUGUGUCUAUCAACCGCACCGCUGCUGCUGCUGCUCCUGUCCGUGGCGUGCGUGGUGACCUGGCGGUCUUCCUCAGUUUUCUCUUUUUUUCAGGCUCGUGCAUUUGUUUUUCUUUUUUUUUUCGUCUUCACUUCAAAUCAGCGCUCACGGCACUAACUAGUUAGUGCCGUAUACUCGAACCCAUGGUCACACAGAAGAGCCCCUCUCUACCCUCCCCUCCUGCGGUACUUUGCCUUCGAUUUUUAAUGCGAGAAGAGUUGUUCAGCACUCUCUUCCGUCUGUGUACACACGAACUAGUGCUAUCCACUAGGCCAGGAGCGGAAGCGAGAGAGAAACUCACUUUGCAAGAGAAGCUCGCUUACGCCGGGAGUCGAACCCCUGACCUGACCUCUAGAAGGUUUCGAGGAUACCAAGUAGACCACCGGGGCGACCGGCAGCAUACCAUCAAUGAUAAGUUGUUUGUUUGUUGUUUGUCUUCACAUUUAACCGUAUGUCAGUUGCUAAAUGCCAAAAUCUAGCAAAAGACUCUCAGCCCGUGGUCACGAAAGUGCUAGAGCCAUCUGAGGAUCUAAAGAACACGCAUACAUCUGACGAGAAAUAGGUAUGCAAGAGCCCGAAGAGGUACACCUAAAAAUCCCUGCAGCACCGUAUGCGUGCCCAAAAACUGAACUGCACGUCCGUCCCACCGUUCGACUACAGUAGCAUCACCCCCUCCCUGUCCCACUCUAUACCAAAACGGAAGAUUGCCGACUACAGCAUAAUGCUGUCUGAAGUGCUGUCUGUACAAAAACACCAUGGUAGGCAUGGAACAAGCAGCUGGCGGGGCACAAAGCUGCUGUCUGAAGUGCUGUCAGAAUGUGUCUGCGGCCGUACAGUGAAAAAGAACAACCAACCAAAGCCAUCAUAGCAGCAAUUGACAAUCACCCGAAUCUCUCCCGAUCGUCUGUGUUAGGCACUGCAGUGAAAAAUAUCGACACUAGCUAAGAAUCGUUCCACAUUGAAGGGGUCUUCCACGAUCAGGCACAUAACCAAUGCACCCGGGUUAGCCACGCCAUCUCUGACGGGUCUCUCUACAAAACCAGUGACGACGUCAUCACAUAGAACCAACACCGAAAAUCAGGAAAAAAACGAGAAAAAUUGACAACACAGAUCAGAUAUAAAUGUUUGUCCGUGCGCCACGGGUCGAUGUCGCCCGCAUGCUCCGGUGCCGCUGCUCCGUCCGGCGCCGCUGUAGUCAGCCCGAGCAUAACGCCACUCGACCUGCUCCGUCCGUACACGCUCUCGUUGCUGUCCUUCCCAGUCCGUUCCUCGCGUUCUCCCUCCUUGCACUCAAGGUUCUUGGUCUGAAAAAUAAAAAUUCUCGCGCCGAAGGGGUCAACCAGCCCAGUUCAGCUCGUCGCCACCUGCUCCCUCCUCCUUUGAUGGCGAAGCCAGGUUACUGAGGCAAUACAGCUCCCUCUAGCAAACCUAGGGCCGUGUAGUGCCCGUCCACCUUUCUGAUGAUGUCUGCCUCCGCGCACAAAAAUGAGAUGGGCAUCACUGCCAACGCCGACGGCCAGAAAGGCCCGCGCAUCUACAUUUUCCCGCCUGACCCCAUCAGUGCC